CCAGAACCUGACGUCUUCCUCAUCUUCAGCCAGGGGAUGCAGGGCUGUCUGGAGGCCCAGGGUGUGCAGGUCCGAGUCACCCCAGUCUGCAAUGCCAGUCUCCCAGCCCAGCGUUGGAAGUGGGUCUCCCGGAAUCGACUCUUCAACCUGGGUGCCAUGCAGUGCCUAGGAACAGGCUGGCCGGUCGCCAACACCACAGUUUCCCUGGGCAUGUAUGAAUGUGAUCGGGAGGCCUUGAGUCUCCGCUGGCAUUGUCGUACGCUAGGGGACCAGUUGUCCCUGCUUCUGGGGGCCCGGGCUAGCAACGCAUCCAAGCCUGGCGCCCUUGAGCGUGGUGACCAGACCCGCAGCGGCCAGUGGAGCAUCUACGGCACUGAAGAGGACCUGUGUGCUCGGCCCUACUAUGAGGUCUACACCAUCCAGGGAAACUCGCACGGGAAGCCAUGUACCAUCCCCUUCAAAUAUGACAACCAGUGGUUCCACGGCUGCACCAGCACUGGCCGGGAAGAUGGGCAUCUGUGGUGUGCCACUACCCAGGACUAUGGCAAAGAUGAGCGCUGGGGGUUCUGCCCCAUCAAGAGUAACGACUGUGAGACGUUCUGGGACAGAGACCAGCUGACAGACAGCUGCUACCAGUUUAACUUCCAAUCCACGCUGUCCUGGAGGGAGGCCUGGGCCAGCUGUGAGCAGCAGGGUGCGGACCUGCUGAGCAUCACAGAGAUCCAUGAGCAGACCUACAUCAAUGGACUCCUCACUGGCUACAGCUCUACACUGUGGAUUGGCCUUAAUGACUUGGACACCAGUGGAGGCUGGCAGUGGUCGGACAACUCACCCCUCAAGUACCUCAACUGGGAGAAUGAUCAGCCGGACAACCCGGGUGAAGAGAACUGUGGAGUGAUCCGGACCGAGUCCUCAGGUGGCUGGCAGAAUUAUGACUGCAGCAUCGCGCUGCCCUACGUUUGCAAGAAGAAGCCCAAUGCCACAGCCGAGCCCAGCCAGCCAGACAGGUGGACCAAUGUCAAGGUGGAGUGUGACCCCAGCUGGCAGCCCUUUCAGGGCCACUGCUACCGCCUGCAGGCUGAGAAGCGCAGUUGGCAAGAGUCCAAGAGGGCGUGUCUACGGGGUGGGGGUGACCUGCUUAGCAUCCACAGCAUGGCUGAGCUGGAGUUCAUCACCAAACAGAUCAAGCAAGAGGUGGAGGAGCUGUGGAUUGGCCUCAAUGAUUUGAAACUGCAGAUGAAUUUUGAGUGGUCUGAUGGGAGUCUCGUGAGCUUCACCCACUGGCACCCCUUUGAGCCCAACAAUUUCCGUGACAGCCUGGAGGACUGUGUCACCAUCUGGGGGCCGGAAGGACGCUGGAAUGACAGUCCCUGUAACCAGUCCUUGCCAUCCAUCUGCAAGAAGGCGGGUCGGCUGAAUCAGGGUGCUGCUGAGGAGGACCACGGAUGCAGGAAGUGUUUCCGAAUCCAGGGCCAGGACCCUCAGGACAGGGUGAAGUGGUCAGAGGCACAGUUCUCCUGUGAGCAGCAAGAAGCCGAGCUGGUCACCAUUGCAAACCCCUUAGAGCAAGCAUUCAUCACAGCCAGCCUCCCCAACGUGACCUUUGACCUCUGGAUUGGCCUGCACGCCUCGCAGAGGGACUUCCAGUGGAUUGAGCAGGAACCUCUGCUGUAUGCCAACUGGGCGCCAGGAGAGCCCUCUGGCCCCAGCCCUGCUCCCAGUGGCACCAAGCCGACCAGCUGUGCGGUGGUCCUGCACAGCCCCUCAGCCCACUUCACUGGCCGCUGGGAUGAUCGGAGCUGCACGGAGGAGACACAUGGCUUCAUCUGCCAGAAGGCCACAGACCCCUCCCUGAGCCCAUCCCCAGCAGCAACACCCCCUGCCCCUGGCACUGAGCUCUCCUACCUCAACGGCACCUUCCGGCUGCUGCAGAAGCCUCUGCGCUGGGAAGAUGCUCUCCUGCUGUGUGAGAGCCGAAAUGCCAGCCUGGCAUACGUGCCUGAUCCCUACACCCAGGCCUACCUCACACAGGCUGCCCGCGGGCUGCAAGGACCGCUGUGGAUUGGGCUGGCCAGUGAGGAGGGCUCACGGAGGUAUUCCUGGCUCUCAGAGGAGCCUCUGAAUUAUGUGGGCUGGCAAGACGGGGAGCCUCAGCAGUCGGGAGGCUGUGCCUACGUGGACGUGGAUGGGACCUGGCGCACCACCAGCUGUGAUACCAAGCUGCAGGGGGCGGUGUGUGGGGUGAGCAGAGGGUCCUCUCCUCCCCGAAGGAUCAGCUACCGUGGCAGCUGUCCUCAGGGGCUGGCUGACUCGUCAUGGAUACCCUUCAGGGAUCACUGUUACUCUUUCCACAUGGAGCUGCUUUUGGGCCACAAGGAGGCGCUGCAGCGCUGCCAGAGAGCGGGUGGGGCGGUUCUGUCCAUCCUUGAUGAGAUGGAGAAUGUGUUUGUCUGGGAGCAUCUGCAGACUUUUGAAGCCCAGAAUCGAGGAGCCUGGUUGGGCAUGAACUUCAACCCCAAAGGAGGCGUGCUGGUCUGGCAAGACAACACAGCUGUGAACUAUUCUAACUGGGGACCCCCUGGCCUGGGCCCUAGCAUGCUGAGCCACAACAGCUGCUACUGGAUCCAGAGCAGCAGCGGGCUGUGGCGCCCCGGGGCUUGUACCAACAUCACCAUGGGAGUCGUCUGCAAACUCCCCAGAGUGGGAGAGAACGGCUUCUUGCCAUCAGCAGCGCUUCCUGACAACCCGGUGGCUCUGGUAGUGGUGCUGAUGGCCGUGCUGCUCCUCCUGGCCUUGGUGACAGCAGCCUUCCUCCUCUACCGGCGCCGACAGAGCACGGAACGCGGGUCCUUUGAAGGAGCCCGUUACAGUCGCAGCAGCAGCUCUGGCCCAGCGGAGGCCACCGAGAAGAACAUUCUGGUGUCCGACAUGGAAAUGAAUGAGCAACAAGAAUAGAGCCGAGGCCGUGGUCAGGGUGGGGCCGGAGCUCGGGAGGCAGGGGCUCCAGGUCAGCAGGUCCCCAUCACCCACCAGUCUAGCUGGUCUGUGGAUGGCAGCCCUCGGGAGUUGCUAACUGGGAGCCGUGGGCUGAGCAUGCGAUACCCUCCCACAAACGCUAGACUGAGACCUGGCUGAGCACAGUGGGGCGUUUCCCCUUUCUCCUGGACCUGGGAUCUUGUCACCUGGGCCUGCCCCCCCCCCCCCCCCCCCCCGUGGUAACUGGAGGAAACAUGGGAAGGCAAACAAGAGCUUAUUUCUGCCUCUCUUUGCUAUUUGCAGGCUUGGAAAGCCUGCCCAUCCCUUAGGGUGGCUCUCUGUUGCUUCUCUCCUCCUCCCUGGCUACAUCAGUCUCUGUACCCUGCCCUCACGCCUUUUCUCACCCAGUGCCUCCUUCUGAGCCAAGGCCCUGGGAUUUGGGGGGCGGUCCUCUCUCUUUCUCUCUCUCUCUCUCUCUUGGUGGGGGUCAGCUGAAGGGGCCAAGCAUCUGUCAAUCCUGUGCCUGCUGGAAUGGACCUAGGGUGUGGCAGGAAGGCCUAGGUGGCUCAGGGCUAAGAACCAGGACACCAAGUGUGGUGUCUGCUGGAAUGGAGAUGGGGCCGGGUAGGGACACCUUAUCCCCUCAAGGGGGUGUCAUCUCCUGCUGGUCAGGGGAGGGCUCUGUCCCUGAAAGAG